AUGUACAUUCUGCGGAGCUUAACGGCGGCUUUGGUCAGCUCGUGUCUAUACUCAAUUUCUCACGCACACUCCAACGAGAGGAAUCCCUUAACGUACUUAUCGCAGGUGGAAAACGCACAAUUUAAUACUCCUUCACAUCGAAUACAUGCUCUUUCGAAAUUCGACCUUACCUUCGAUUUACAUAAUGCUGAACAAAGAAUCAAGCUGACGCUGGCUCCGAAUCACGAUGUCAUUCAGGAUGGAGCGACGAUAGUUCAUCUGGCGCCGGAUGGAUCGAUAAAGACGGAGGAGUUGAUUGAUCGUUCGGAAUACAGGGUGUUCAAGGGGCAGGCUUGGUUACAGCAUCACCCAGGUGCUGAAUGGACGAAUGUUGGCUGGGCUAGGAUAAUGGUACAAUUGGAUGGAGUGGAACCGUUGUUCGAAGGUGCUUUCAGAGUUGAUGGAGAUCAUCAUCAUAUCCAGACCAGGACGCAUUAUAUGCAAACGAGACAUGCCAUGGAUCCGAAGCCGGAAGACAAGGGGAAGGAGUAUAUGGUUCUCUGGAGGGAUUCUGACGUUGCCGCCGAUUCUUUUAUGGACUUCGAUGGACAUGCUCACGGAGAGCUGAAGAGAGCACUUGGAGGGGAUAGUUUGUGUUCUGCCGAUGUAUUGUCCUUCAAUACUCAACUGGAUCACCCUGUCUAUACUGGAAUGGCCAAACGAGAAGAUUUCGGAUCUUCAUACACCAAGAGCCUCUUUGGUCGACAAAUCGAUGGACAGACUACUGGAAAUUCUGCAGGUGUCAACUUGGUUAGCACGAUUGGAAAUUCUGCUGGAUGUCCUUCAACUCGAAAGGUUGCUCUGGUUGGAGUCGCUACGGAUUGUACCUACACCGCAGACUUCAACUCGACUUCUUCUGCUCGAUCCAAUAUUAUCAGUGUCAUGAAUAUGGCUUCCGUUCAAUAUGAGGACAGUUUCAACAUUACUCUAGGUCUUCAGAAUCUCACCAUCAGCGAUGCCGUCUGCCCUGGGACACCCCCAUCGACAGCUCCUUGGAAUGUUGGAUGUAGCGAUUCGGUCACGAUUCAGGAUCGAUUGAACCUGUUCUCUGCUUGGAGAGGCGAUCGUGCCGAUAAUAAUGCUUAUUGGACACUUCUUAGCAAAUGUGCUACUGGAUCUGCUGUUGGACUUGCAUGGUUGGGACAGGCUUGUGUUGCGACUUCUCAGGUUGCCUCUUCGUCAUCAGGGAACGAGACUGUUAGUGGAGCCAAUGUUGUGGUCAGGACGAGUACUGAGUGGCAAGUUAUUGCCCAUGAGACUGGUCAUACAUUUGGUGCAGUCCAUGAUUGUAACUCUGCGACUUGCAAUGAUGGUGCUACUGUUGCUUCGCAGCAAUGCUGUCCAUUGAGUUCUUCGACUUGUGAUGCAGGUGGACAAUUCAUCAUGAAUCCUUCGACUGGACCGAAUAUCCAGAAAUUCUCGCCAUGUACGAUUGGCAACAUCUGCAAUGCUAUCGGGAGGAACAGUGUCAAGACGAGCUGUUUGACUGCCAACAAGGAUAUCACCACCAUCUCAGGAAGUCAGUGUGGAAAUGGCAUUGUCGAGGCUGGAGAGGAUUGUGAUUGUGGUGGAACUGCUGGAUGUGGAAACAACAAUUGCUGUGAUGCAGCGACGUGCAAGUUCAAGACCAACGCGGUCUGUGAUCCCAGCAACGAGGAUUGUUGUACAGGAAGCUGUCAGUUUGCCUCGAAUGGAACUAUCUGUAGAGCAAGUACUGGAACCUGUGAUCCUCAAGAGACAUGUAGUGGUUCAGCAGCUACAUGUCCAGAGGAUGCCACAGCACCAGACGGUACAUCAUGUGGUAACAGUGGUGAUGGUUUGUCUUGCGCCUCAGGUCAAUGUACAUCUCGGGAUCUGCAAUGUAAGACUCUGAUGGGUUCGUACACUCAAGGAAACGACACCUACGCCUGCUCAUCUUCUGGUUGUCAAAUCUCGUGCGCCUCUCCCGAAUUUGGUUCCAAUGUCUGCUACAAAAUGCAACAGAACUUCUUGGAAGGCACACCCUGUGGCGGUGGUGGCAAAUGUGCACUAGGAUCAUGCAAAGGAUCAAGCGUGGGCAAGGAAAUCACAAGUUGGAUCUCACGGAACAAGACUCUAGUUAUAGGUCUUGCAUCAGCAAUCGGCGGUCUGCUCCUUCUGAUCAUCCUCUCAUGUUGUGUUUCGCGGUACAAGAGGAGACAGCGGAUCCGCGCGAUGAAGAACGCACCUCCACCGCCUGGAUGGGCAGGAGCUCCAGGGUGGAAUAUGGCACCUGCGCCGACACAUGGGCCGCCAAUGUCGAAUAGAGGGCACCAUGGUGCGCAGGGUAGUUGGGAAAAUGGGAGGUGGAAACCGCCGACUCAGCCGCCUAUGGCGUGGCAGCCUAGUGUAAGGUAUGCUUAA